AUGUCUUCCGGUGAAACAUGUUAUGCAAUUGAGUGUUACUUUCGAUUGAACAAGUUGUUAGAUAUAUGGACGUGUGUUGUUGGUUCAUGCAAUGGUUUACUAUGCUUGAUUGGUUCAUCAACACCUCGUGAUCAUUGGCUUUGUUUUUGGAAUCCAGCUAUGAGAACAAAAUCUAAAAACUUUACAAUAUUUUUCGAUAGCUUCCCCGAUAGUUGUCUUUUUAACUUCUCUUUUGGUUAUGAUAAUUUGACUCGAACUUAUAAGGUGGUAGCGUUUUUUGUGGAGGUGGGGAAGCAUCCAAGAUGUGUGGUCAAAGUUUUCAGCUUAGGAGAUAAUUCUUGGAGAGAUAUUCAAUGUUUUCCUGUGCUUCCACUUUAUUGGUCUCAUCAUGAUACGAAUAAUGGUGUACAUUUGAAUGGUACUAUUAACUGGAUUGCCCUUCGCGAUUACGUCGUCAAUAGUAAUAUUACUAAUAUUACUGUUGACCAAUGUGUGAUUCUUUCACUUGAUCUCUCCACCGAGACAUACACUCAAUUGUUGCUACCUCGGAGAUUUGAUAAGGUGUCGUGUUAUCGGCCAAAGGUUGUGGUUUUGAUGGGCUGUCUUUGUUUUUGUCAUGAUUUUGAGAAAACCCAUUUUAUUAUAUGGCAAAUGAAGAAUUUUGGAGUUCAAGACUCUUGGAUUCAAUUAUUUAAAAUUAGUUAUGAAAAUUGCUUUGGAUGGUCGAAUUUGUUGCCAUUGUAUCUUUCAAAAAAUGGUGAUACAUUGAUAUUGGCCCAUGAUGAAUGCAAUGAGGCAUUUAUCUAUAAUUGCAGAGACAAUAGAGUAGAGAAAAUUGAAAUUACUAACGGUGAAAUAUGGUCGACAACCAAAGAUUAUUUUGAAAGUUUCGUUUCAACUCAUUGA